GAUGGUAGGACUCCAUUACAUUUAACAUCAUUGCAUGGUAGAUUUACCAGAGCUCAAACCCUAUUAGAGCAUGGAGCUGAAAUUGAUGCUUGUGAUAAAAUGGGUAACACAUCUCUACAUAUUGCUGCUCGUUAUGGUCAUGAAUUGUUGAUUAAUUGUUUGUUAGAGAAUGGUGCUGAUCCUAUGAGGCGUGGUCACAGUGGAAUGUUACCAGUACAUGUAGCAGCUUUAAAUGGUUAUGUAGACUGUGUGAGAAAAUUCCAUAUUGUUUUACCAGAUUUAAAUAUUAAUGCUCAAGAUGACAAUGGUCGUACGUGUUUACAUGGAUCUGCUUGUAGUGGGUAUGUCUUCUUUUUUUGA